AUGGGGAAUGCUGUGUACGUUCGAAAAACGCUAAUGAGUGGACCAUUUCUCCAGAGUCUCCAACAGUUUGCCAAGGAUAGUAUCAAUGAAGAGAUGGUUGAAUUAUUGCAGCCUUAUUUUCAAAUGGAGGAUUAUACUUUUGAGAAUGGCAAAAAAGUCUGUGGUAACGUGGCAGGGCUACUUUCUUGGACCCUGGCCAUGGCAACAUUUUACGGCAUAAACAGAGAUGUAUUGCCUCUUAAGACUAAUUUAGCAAAACAAGAAGGACGCUUAAAAAUAGCCAAUGCAGAAUUGGGGAAGGCACAAUCAUUGCUGGAUGAGAAGCAAGCAGAGCUGGACAAAGUGCAAGCCAAGUUUGAUGCAGCUAUGCAGGAGAAGAUGGACCUCUUGAAUGAUGCUGAAAUGUGCAGGAGAAAAAUGCAGGCUGCCUCUGCCCUUAUCGAUGGCUUGAGUGGAGAGAAAAUCCGGUGGACUCAACAAAGUAAAGAGUUCCGAGCCCAAAUAAAUAGGCUUGUUGGAGAUGUGUUACUUUGCACAGGCUUCCUUUCCUAUUGUGGCCCUUUUAAUCAGAUAUUCCGGAAUCUCUUGCUUAAAGACUUAUGGGAGACAGAGAUGAGAUCACGAAAAAUUCCUUUUACCGAAAAUCUGAAUAUCAUUUCAAUGUUGGUAGAUCCCCCUACGAUCGGCGAGUGGAAUCUGCAAGGGCUUCCAGGAGAUGAACUCUCAGUUCAAAAUGGCAUCAUUGUUACAAAAGCAACCAGAUACCCACUUUUGAUAGAUCCACAAACUCAAGGGAAAACAUGGAUUAAGCAGAAGGAAAAGGACAAUGAAUUACAAGUGACAACUUUGAAUCAUAAAUAUUUCCGUCAGCACUUAGAGGAUGCCCUCUCUCUGGGAAGGCCACUUUUAAUAGAGGAUAUCAGGGAAGAAUUAGACCCUGCCCUUGAUAAUAUAUUAGAAAAGAACUUCAUUAAAUCAGGAUCCGCUUACAAGGUGAAAGUUGGUGAUAAAGAAGUAGAUGUCAUGAAUACGUUUAAACUUUAUAUUACUACAAAAUUGCCCAAUCCUGCCUUCACUCCUGAGAUUAAUGCUAAAACAUCAGUAAUUGAUUUUACUGUUACAAUGAAAGGACUUGAAAAUCAGUUAUUGAAGAGAGUAAUUCUCACAGAGAAACAGGAACUAGAAGCUGAGAGAGUUAAACUCAUGGAAGAUGUGACUUAUAAUAAGAGGAAAAUGAAAGAACUAGAAGAUAACCUCCUUUAUAAAUUAACUACAACUAAAGGGUCUUUGGUGGAUGAUGAAUCACUGAUUGGUGUUUUGAGAACCACUAAACAAACAGCUACAGAGGUAUCUGAAAAACUAGAAGUUGCAGGAGAAACUGAGAAAAAAAUUAACACCGCACAAGAAGAAUAUCGUCCUGCUGCUACACGAGGGAGCAUUCUUUAUUUUCUGAUCACUGAAAUGAGCAUGGUUAAUAUAAUGUAUCAGACUUCCCUAGCCCAGUUUUUAAAACUAUUUGAUCAGUCCAUGGCUAGAUCUGACAAGACUCCAAUUCCACAGAAAAGGAUCACGAAUAUUAUUGAGUACUUGACAUAUGAAACUUUCACAUAUUCUGUUAGAGGCCUAUAUGAAAAUCACAAAUUUCUUUUUACCUUGCUUUUGACAUUAAAAAUUGAUCUUCAGAGGGGCCAGGUCAAACCAAAGGAAUUCCAGGCACUCAUUAAAGGCGGUGCUGCGCUGGAUCUAAAAGCUUGUCCUCCCAAACCAUUCCGUUGGAUUCUAGAUAUGACAUGGCUCAAUCUAGUAGAACUGAGCAAACUACCCCAGUUUUCAGAAAUUAUGAAUCAGAUAUCCCGUAAUGAGAAAGGAUGGAAAAAUUGGUUUGAUAAAGAUGCUCCAGAGGAAGAAACUAUUCCUGAUGGAUAUAGUGAUUCACUAGAUACCUGUCGCAAAUUAUUGCUUAUCAGGUCGUGGUGCCCAGACCGCACACUUUCUCAGGCCAGAAAGUAUAUUGCAGAUUCCUUGAGUGAGAAGUAUACAGAACCUGUCAUCUUAAAUUUAGAGAAAACAUGGGAAGAAAGUGAUAAAAGGACACCUCUCAUUUGCUUCUUGUCUAUGGGAUCUGACCCAACGAAUCAAAUUGAUGCAUUGGCUAGAAAACUUAAAUUGGAAAACAGAGCUAUAUCCAUGGGUCAGGGACAAGAAGUUCAUGCACGCAAACUAAUCCAGGUCUCAAUGGUACAGGGUGGCUGGGUGUUACUUCAGAAUUGUCAUCUAGGUCUAGAAUUUAUGGAAGAACUUUUGGAGACAAUGCUGACUGCUGAUAUUCCCGAUGACACCUUCCGAGUUUGGAUAACCACUGAACCACAUGAUCGAUUUCCAAUCACUUUGCUGCAGACUUCAAUAAAAUUCACCAAUGAACCUCCACAAGGUGUACGAGCUGGUUUGAAGAGAACGUUUUCUGGGAUAAAUCAAGACUUGCUUGAUGUCAGCAAUAUGCCUAUGUGGAAACCUCUUCUGUACACAGUGGCCUUCUUGCACUCCACAGUUCAGGAAAGACGAAAAUUUGGUCCUUUGGGCUGGAAUAUUCCCUAUGAAUUCAAUUCUGCAGACUUCACAGCCAGUGUUCAAUUUAUACAGAAUCAUUUGGAUGAAUGUGACAUUAAGAAAGGGAUAUCUUGGAGCACAGUCCGAUACAUGAUUGGAGAAGUACAGUAUGGAGGCAGAGUUACUGAUGAUUAUGAUAAGCGCCUUCUUAACUGCUUUGCAAGGGUCUGGUUCAGUGAGAAGAUGUUUGAAAACACUUUCUGUUUUUAUAGUGGAUAUAAAAUCCCAGUUUGCAAAACUCUUGAGCAAUAUCAAGACCACAUUUCAACUCUCCCUGCCAUGGAUAGUCCUGAAGUCUUUGGUCUCCACCCUAAUGCAGACAUAACAUACCAGAGUAACACAGCAGCUGAUGUCUUGAACACUAUAACCAAUAUUCAACCAAAGGAAAGUGGAGGUGGAGUAGGAGAAACUCGAGAAGCUAUUGUGUAUAGACUAGCUGAAGAUAUGCUUGAGAAAUUGCCCCCUGAUUAUAUACCCCAUGAGGUAAAAGCUCGUUUGAUUAAAAUGGGCCAUCUUAAUUCUAUGAACAUUUUUCUUCGCCAAGAAAUUGACCGAAUGCAAAAAGUUAUCAAAAUAGUCCGAAACAGCCUUGUUGACCUUAAACUAGCCAUAGAAGGAACUAUUAUUAUGAGUGAGAACCUAAGAGACGCUCUUGAUAACAUGUACGAUGCUCGAAUUCCUCAGCUCUGGAAGCGUGUAUCAUGGGAUUCUUCUACCCUGGGUUUCUGGUUUACUGAACUUUUAGAAAGAAAUUCCCAAUUCCGUGUUUGGAUCUUUGAAGGAAGACCACAUGUAUUUUGGAUGACUGGAUUUUUUAAUCCUCAGGGCUUUCUAACAGCUAUGAGACAAGAGGUUACAAGAGCACAUAAAGGCUGGGCUUUGGAUACAGUGACCAUCCAUAAUGAAGUGCUGAAACAGGUCAAAGAAGAGAUCACUGCACCCCCCCCUGAAGGGGUUUAUAUCUAUGGAUUAUACUUGGAUGGAGCUGGCUGGGAUAGACGUAAUAAUAAGCUUACUGAAUCUACAGCAAAGAUUCUUUUCACUUUACUUCCUGUUGUACAUAUAUUUGCAAUUAACACAACAGGCCCAAGAGAUCCUAAACUCUACGUUUGUCCCAUUUAUAAAAAGCCAAGAAGAACAGAUUUGACCUAUAUCACUGCAAUCUACCUAAGAACAACUGUAUCUCCUGAUCAUUGGAUACUGAGAGGAGUAGCUCUUCUGUGUGACAUUAAAUAA